AUGUCGCCUUUCAGCUCCCAAACGGUAACCUACCCACUACGCUCCAUCGCAAACUCAAUGACAAAGGCGCCCCAAAAAUACCUCGCGGUCAUCGGCACCGCGCGCAGGCCAAACAGCGCCGAUCUGAGAGAUCGCGGGCUCGCCGGACUCCCUGACCCGGGCCCCGACGUCGCGCUUCGAAGAGCAGAGUUGGAGUCGGAGCAGGCGGCUUUGAAGACACAGGUGGCUUUUUGGCACGGUGGUGGGAAUGUUCCUGUUUCGUUCUCGCGGACGAAGAUUGAUAGAUGUCACGGUAGUGAUGAUGGUUCGAGUUCAAACCCAGAGACAAUGAGGGAAGAUCCGGUAGGAAAAGUAGAGGAGAACCAUAUCAUGCAUGAUACCGUGGGCGAUGAGCAAAUUCGAAAAUCGACCGCCGAUGUUGACAAGCCUACCUUGUCAGAGUCAGUAAGAGUUGCCUACAAGGCGUGUGAAGCGGAAGAGGGUGUGCGCUAUCUACGCGAUCGAAAGCCUGUUCAGCUACACCCUUACGCACUUGAGCGCGAGGUGUACCGUCAAAGAGUAAAGGCUGGAAGAGCGGUGUGA